CCUCCUCCGCUAUUUUUUCCUUCUUCCGAGACGCCAUCUUGGAUCUUCUCCUCCCAAAUUUCUUAGAGGUAGUGAGUGAUCUGUUAUUAAAAUCGAACAUACGAGGAACGAUUCGACGAGAUGCAAGCAAUAAAAUGUGUAGUAGUUGGUGACGGUGCGGUGGGUAAAACCUGCUUGCUAAUAAGUUACACUACAAAUGCCUUUCCGGGUGAAUAUAUUCCAACAGUAUUCGACAACUAUUCUGCCAAUGUAAUGGUCGACGGUAAACCCAUAAAUCUAGGACUGUGGGAUACGGCCGGACAGGAAGAUUACGAUAGAUUAAGACCCCUCUCUUAUCCACAGACAGAUGUGUUCCUAAUUUGUUUUUCCUUAGUGAACCCAGCAUCUUUUGAGAAUGUAAGGGCAAAGUGGUAUCCAGAAGUGAGCCAUCAUUGUCCAAACACACCCAUAAUCUUGGUUGGAACAAAACUGGAUCUGAGGGAAGACAAGGAGACGAUUGAGAAACUGAAAGAAAGAAAGUUAGCCCCAAUCACCUAUCCCCAGGGUUUGGCUAUGGCCAAAGAAAUCGGUGCCGUUAAAUAUCUGGAGUGUUCUGCUCUCACGCAGAAGGGAUUGAAGAACGUUUUCGACGAAGCCAUUCGUGCCGUUCUGUGUCCCCAACCGAAAGUGAAGAGGGGAAAUCGCCGCUGUACAUUAUUCUAACGACGGGCCGCUGUGCGUACGAAACAUCCCAAAACAGUCGCACAGCCGACCGACCCAUUGUCCUACCGUAGAGCCGGUUUACUCAGAACGAUCAUUCUAUCGAUAUCGGAAAUACAGAAGCAUUCGUUUCGUACACUUUUUUUCACCUAGCACGGACGAGCAGCGAGGAAUAGGGCAAUAAGUAAAACAAAGAAACAAAAACAAUAUUCGAUCUAACGUUUACGGAAGCUUUUUGUAACAAAUACAUAUUUCAAUCCAUAACUUAGAGCCGAUAGUGUUCAGAUUGUUAAAUGUCGCAUUCUUUAUUACCGCACAAAGCCAGAUACACACUGCAAUGUAAAGGCUGAGGGAACAAUGUAUCAUUGAAAUCAUUAACACUUUAAGUUGAUCUAUUUUAAUAGUUGACUAAAAAAAAUUGUUGUUUCAAAUAAUUUAAUAAAAAUAUAUAUAUAUAUAUAAAUAUCUAGCCUUUAAAACUAGCAGUUUUAAUUGCCGCAGCUUGUGCUUUUUGUGUUGUAUUAUAAAUAUGGAGCAGUACGUUAGCUUUUGUUCCCCAAAAAAAUGCAAUAUAUGUGUUUUUUCUUUAAAAUAAAAUUGGUUAAGUACAAAUUCUAAAAAUGAGGAUAGUGACAAAAUUAGAAAAGAAACUCCUAGUUUUUUAUGCAAAAUCGAAAGACAUUAUCAUUAUCCGAAAACAUUUGUACGAGGGGGAAAUUACGGUCUUACCAACAAAAAAAAAAUCUGUUACUUGUUUUAAUACUUCUAGUGCUGACAAAGUGUAGUUUUGUAUUACGUCAUCUGUUGGUGUUGACUGUUGAAACGAAACGGAAUUUUGUACGUGCUAUUGGUUUAACGGCGUAAGGUCGUAAAAUCGCUAUUCCGGUUCAGGCUACGUUAUAUUUUGCUCUUUAAAGCCGUCUUCCUCGAAUAUUCCCAGACACGGUACUAGGACCGUAUUACAUAGUCUUGUUAAUAGUGUUUCCGGUAUUGAGCAUUCGAAUGCUUCUUUAUGAAACUGUACGAACUGUCUUCAGAUUUGCUUUAUUAAAAAUUUUGUGCUCAGUUUAUAUAUAUAUAUAAUGUAACUGUAAAAAUAUGACAGUUGUAUUUGUUAAACAGAAAAAAAAAAUUGAAGCAAAUAAACUGCCUUAUCUUUUUC